AUGAUGCAGACAAAUGUCGAAGAAAUACAAAGCUUUGUAGCUGAAAAUGACGUUUUUAUUGUUGACAGAGGUUUUCGGGAUUCCUUAGCUAUGCUGGAAGAUAUGGGAAUACAUGCCGAAAUGCCUGCAUUCAUGCAAAAAGGACAGAAACAAAUGACAACAGAAGAUGCUAACACUAGCAGACUAGUCACGAAGGUCAGAUGGGUAGUAGAAUCUGCUAACGCCAGGAUCAAGCGUUGGAAGUACUUAGAUCAUGUUUUACCAACAACGCAGGUUCCAUUCAUCGGGGAUUUCGUAAGAAUAGUAUGCGCGAUAUCCAACAAAUACUUUCCUCCAUUGAGCGCGACGAAAAACAACGACGACGACACCGCACUUGGAAGGAAAAUGUUAGAUUUAUCAAAGUGUAAUAACGACCUUAAAACUUACAUUGAAAAUCACUGUUUAGAACGAAAAUCAGCCUGUUGGAAGUCCGCUGAAUUAGAUGUUGAAUUUCCGCGCUUAGACGAAAUUCAGUUGAGAGAAUUAACAUGUGGUACUUACCAACUUAAAAUGUCAGCUGGUUAUAUGCAAGAGCAUAUUGACGGAAACUCAGACGUUUAUGUACAUAGAGAAGACAAUACUCUUUUAAGGGUCAAAAUUCAAAGCAGACACGUGUCAUCUAAGGCUUACACACUUUGGAUUCGUCAUAACGCGACUGAUGUUGUUUCAUGGUAUUGCAAGUGUCGCGUUGGUAGUCGAGUUGUCGGGGUGUGUGCUCACGUGGCUGCCAUUUUAUGGUUUCUUGGCUAUGCAAGACACACAGGGAAAGAAAUGUAUGGCACGCGCAACUGGGGUGAUUAUGUUUUAGACGCAGGAAACAUACCCCAAACUGUUGACAGUUCGGAUACAGAGAGUGAGUGAAAAUGUAGCAGUUGAAUCGUUACAUUAACGUAAUUUUUAAAGCAGUAUUCUGUAGGUGGCCUCUCAAAAAGUAUCUUGAAGAGUAUUUUUACAUUUGAUAGUAAAACAUAUUUUGUAAAAACAUGUUUAGAGCUAUUCUGAUGUUAUAAAUCUAUAGUUAUUAUGCCGAUUUGCUGAAUUCAUAAUAUCAUAAUAAUUUAUCAAUUAUUCAUGAUUAUACUUCAUAAAAACCGGAGUUUUAUAUUUGAAAAGAAGAAAAAAAAUCAGUAGAUUAAUAUCUGAUGUUAUUUAUUAUUUAUUUUGCAGUUCUUCAAGCGAAUAAAAUGUUACAAGUCAAAAAUAUAUUAAUUUCUAAUAACAUACUGAAAUACGAUAGUUAUAAGUUUAAUAUUGUUUUGCAUAAUUUGACAUUUGUAUCCAUCUGUCUACAGAUAAGAAUUGAAAGAUGUGCAUAGCUACAAUUAUAUGUAAAAUGACUUUGUAUUUAAGGAAAUAGGUCAUAUGGCCAUAGAUGAUACGAAUGUAAUAUAUAAAUUACUAUGACGGUGUAAUUAUUUUAAUAUAUAGUGAAAAUACGAUCAUUAUAUUUUCAUAUUUGUGCGAGAUUAAAAUUUCUGCACCCACAGUUCUUCUUUACUUCUUAGUUUUGUGUACUGCUCUCCACGACCGUUUCUUGAGUUACAAACUCGCUUAAGCGAGGGAUUGUGAUGGUCAUAGUCU